AUGGCAACCUCGGUCACUUGUUUGUGUGGGGGCGUUAAGCAGUCCAUCCAGCUGGAUCCCGACGCAGACCAUUCCCUGCUCCAACUAUGUCAUUGCACCAAUUGUCGCGCCAUUACUGGCCUCCUGGGUGCAUCGUAUUAUCUCAUGCAGGACGGACCCGUCAACUUGGACGGACUACAGAUCUACUCAGAAUCUCCUCAUGUUAGCCGCUUCUUUUGUAGAAACUGUGGUGCUCACAUCUUUGCCCGGCUGGCAUCGAGUGGGAGAUAUCUAGUUGCCUCGGGGGUCGUUGUAGCAACUGACACUCUUCCAGUGAAGAGUGUCCAGCACUGGCAGACCGAGGAUACUGGCGAUGGUGGACUAAGCACAUUCCUUCCAGGUUGGCCAUCGAGAGAGAGAUGUGCUUUACAGGCCGGUUUCGAACAGUUGUCUCGCGAAAAUGUCAAUACCAACAACACAAGUCAGGAUACGUUGACCAUUUCGCCACACCGGGACGAACUGCAUGGUCAAUGCCACUGCGGAGGCAUUCGAUUCUACGUCACUUCACCAGACAUAUCUUCAUCCCAGGCAUGGUCACCCUGGCCUGACUUGCUAGUUCCCUAUCACUCCGAAUCCUCAGAAAACAUCAACGAUGUCAAAUGGUGGCUGUCCGAUGGAGAUACCAAGUAUCUGGCAGGGACAUGUGCCUGCACUUCCUGUCGGCUCGGCAGCGGAUUUCCGAUUCAAACCUGGGCCUUUAUUCCCAGAUCUAAUCUCUUCAAUGAUGACCGAUCGCCACUAUCCUUUGAUCGUGGAACAAUGCAGCGGUAUGAGAGCUCCCCAGGUGUAUACCGGGAGUUCUGCAAUCGUUGCGGAGCCAAUGUCUUCUGGCACAAUACUGGGCGACCAACGAUAAUCGACGUGAGUGUGGGGUUGUUGAGAGGGGAGGGAGCCAGAGUAGAGGGUUGGCUCAAAUGGGCAACGGGGAGAGUUAGCUUCACCGAGCUUGCCGUGCAGAAGGACCUUGUUGGACUUCUAGAGAAAGGCUUGCAAGAGUAUCAUAGGAGCCCUAGCCAGGCUGAGAUAGACAAGAUGUUUAAAUAG